UCGAGAAUAAAGCAGACCGAAGAACAGUCGUCAAGCAGCAUGGCCACGUUACGGUUGAGUGUAGUCGGGCUCUGGCUCCUGCUGAUCGCGCUGCCUGCGCGAGGGGCGAAUAUUUUGGGGCUGUUCAGCAGUCACAGUCAGUCGCAUUUGAUACUGCACAUGUCGAUGAUCAAGGCGCUGGCCGAGAGCGGCCACAAUGUGACCGUGGUGACCAUGGUGAAGCCGACGAUCAUGCACAAGGACAUUCAUCUGAUCGUGGUUCCAGUGACGGACGAGCAGGAGCGCAUACUCGAGGGCCAGAUGAAAGAGAUGGCUGGGCAGAAGAACUCGGUCCUCUCCACAAUGACUCGCAUGCUGAGCGGCCUGAGUGUGAUGAUCGAUUCGCAGUUUCAGUUGCUGUCGGAUCCUCGAUUCCAGCGCAUCUACGAAACGAAGUUCGAUUUGAUGUUCAUGGGCUACUUCAUCAACGAUUUCCAACUGGGCGUGGCCGCCAAGCUAAAGGUGCCUGUGAUUGUCUCCUGGAUGCAGGCGCCGAUGACUAUCAUCAAUGAAUACGUGGGCAAUCCGACAGAGGUCUCCUAUGUGCCCAAUCUGCAGACGGCUCUGGGCCAGGGUGAGCAGAUGGGCUUUGCCAAGCGUCUAGAGAACCUCAGCAAGGAAUUGCUUUUGAGGGCCAUGAUGUUCAUAUUUGACAGACAAUCGGAUCGGUUCUAUGAGCAACAGUUCGGCGAGGAGCCCAACUUCCCCACGCUGGCCGAGAUGAAGCGCAACGUGUCGUUGGUGUUCACGAACAGUCACACGAUAAGCGAGGGUGCCAUUCGUCCACUUGUGCCAGCCAUCGUGGAAAUCGGAGGCAUUCAGCUCAAGGAGCAACCCGAUCCGUUGCCGGAGGACAUAGUCACGUUUCUGGAGGCAUCUCAGCACGGAGCGAUUUUGCUCUGCCUCGGCUCCAACAUCAAGAGCACGGCUGUGAAACCGGAGCUGAUACAGGCCAUGUUCAAGGUGCUGUCGAGCCUGAAGCAGAAUGUCAUCUGGAAGUGGGAGGAUCUCGAAAGUACGCCCGGCAAAUCAGCAAAUAUACUCUAUAAGAAAUGGCUCCCCCAGGCCGACAUACUGGCCCACCCCAAGAUCAAGCUCUUCAUCACGCACGCUGGCAAGGGCGGCAUUACGGAGGCGCGCUACCACGGAGUGCCAAUGGUGGCUCUACCGAUCUUCGCUGAUCAGCCCGCCAAUGCGGAUAGCAUGGAAAAGUCGGGCUACGGGCUGUCCCAAGACCUGUUGCAGCUCAACGAGCAGAACUUCAGGGCAAAGAUUGAGGAGGUAAUUGGCAAUGAGAAAUACGCCAGGGCCAUCAAGAGCUUCUCCAAACUUUACCGGGACAGACCGCUGACGGCCAAACAGUCCGUGGUCUACUGGACGGACUACGUGCUAAGGUACAACGGAGCCGUGCAUCUGCAAAGUCCGGCCGUCCACAUGUCCACCCUGGCCUACUUUAAUAUAGAUGUUUACGCCGCAGUCUUGGCCGCUUUGUCUCUAGCUGUGCUCUUAACUUGGCUUGCCUUGAGAUGCAUUUACCGCAAAUUGUGUGGAAAGUCACCGAAAGUUAAGAGGCAAUGAUUAUAGUCAAAGAUAUCUAUGUAUGUGGAAACUGAAUAAGUUUUGCU